CCUGCAUGGAUCUUUUUGCGGCGUGUUGGAUCCAAAGCACGUUGUUGUAAUAGCCCCGGCAGCUCCUGCUUCCUUCGCUACCCGUCCUUACUUCUAGGAGACAUCAUGAUGACCGAAAGUAAUGAGUUUCUCUGCUCCCCACCGAAAAAAACAGUCAGGUUUGGUGGCAAACUGACAGACGUUCUGACAAAGUAUUCACAGGGAAAUACCCAAGAUUUUGAACUUUUAAAGCACCAGUUAUCAGACCCAGAGAUAAAGGAUGUGCAGAUUGUAAGCUGGCUGCACGAGCUCCGGAUCUCGGUUACGUACCUUACUGUUGACUACGAGCAGCUUGUCAGCAUCGUACUGAAACUGCCAUGGCUGAACAGAAGCAAAGAAGUUGUGGAAGAAUAUCUGGCUUUUUUGGGCAACCUUGUAUCAGCCCAGACUGUGUACUUACGCUCUUGUCUGAACAUGAUCGUCUCGCACUUUGUACCAGCUCGUGUUCUCAUAAGUGAUGGUAAUGUGCAUGUCUCGGAUUCGGAAGAUGAAGACGAAGAUAUUUUUGCAAGGUUUAAUACCUGUCACAGAGCAUUACAGAUCAUAGCACAAUACGUUCCAUCAGCGCCACGAUUUCUAAUGCCAAUUCUUGUGGACAAAUUUCCUUAUGUCAACAAAUCUCCGAGAAUUCUGGAGUGUUACAUACACAACCUUCUACGGAUAACCAUCUACUUCCCAGUGCUCAGGCUUGAGAUUUUGGAACUUGCAAUAGAAAAACUGCUGAAAAUUGAUGUGAGUGCACCUCGGCAUGACAUAGAGGAUGCAGAAGAAAACUCAAACAUGCCUAAUGGGGAGAGUCAUGCUACAGAAGAAGCGCUGUUUAACAUGGAUGAAGAUGAAGAGCCGCAGGAGGGUGCUGCAGCUGAUGUCUGUGACACAAUGGCCCACCCUGCUGCUGAACGCUUGGACUUAUCCCUGUCUGUUCUUUUUGCCUACCUCAAAGAAAUCUGCUUCCCAAAUGGCAGCCUGGAUUUGAACAAAACAAAAGAUGUAUACAAAGAUCUGCUGGUUGUAUUUGACAAGUUGAUUUUACCAACCCACGCAUCGUGUCAUGUGCAGUUUGUCAUGUUUUAUAUCUGCAGCUUCAAACUGGGACUUGCAGAAGCGUUUUUGGAACAUCUGUGGAAGAAACUACAAAAUCCAAACAACCCUCCAAUCACCAGACAGACUGCUGCCACUUACAUUGGGAGCUUCUUGGCUCGAGCCAAGUUUAUUCCUGUGGUGACAGUGAAAGCUUGCCUCGAUCUCCUCAUGAACUGGCUUCACAGCUACAUUGACAACCAGGAUGCUGGGAGCAGGGCUUACUGUGACAUUAGCUUCCACGGGCCCUUCUAUGCUACCUGCCAGGCUGUGUUCUACACCCUGAUAUUCCGACACAAACAGCUGUUAGAAGGCAAUUUGCGUAAAGGUUUAAACUACCUGCAGGCCCUGAAUUUUGAACGACUUGUAAUGUGUCAGCUCAACCCCCUGAAGAUUUGUCUGCCUUCAGUGGUUAACUACUUUGCCGCAAUCACUCGGAAAUAUCAGCUAGUGUUAUGCUACACCAUCAUAGAGAGGAACAACCGGCAGAUGAUCCCGGUCAUAAGAAGCAGCACUGGAGGGGACUCUGCUCACACUUGCACUAAUCCACUUGACAGUUUCUUUCCUUUUGAUCCCUGUGUUCUGAAAAGGUGCAAGAAGCGUAUUGAUCCUGCUUAUCAGCUUUGGGAAGAGGCUAAUGCUGAGGAAUUGAAACGACCCCCUAAGCCAGUUAAGGAGACCACUGCUGAUGACGAGGACGAUUUUCUUAAAGGAGAAACACCUCAGAGUGACACUGUGGUUGGAAUGACUCCAGGUUCCUAUGAGUCAUACCUGAAAAGCCCAGCGAGCAGCGUGGGCUCCCCUCCUAUCAAGUUCCUUCAACGGCCCUUCUGAGUAUGUCAAGCACAUGAUCAGAAUCACAAUACUCAAGCAAAUGCCUCACGAGGUCCAUCACUACUUUGUGUCAAGAUUCGUCACAAGCUGUGUGCUGCUAGCCGGAGGAGAAAAUGUCACGGGAUAUUUGUGGCCAGCUGUAGUCGUGGGAAGUCCCUUUUCUUUAAUAUAUCAGGUGUUGUCUAGCUCUAAAUCGUCCUGAUAUUAAGGGAUCGUUAGGAAUGUGUUCAGGGUUGUUACUAUCACGGACUGUUUAAUUGUGAGCACAUACAGUAAGUAGUGGAGCUGAGUAAUGGUAUGAAAUAUUGGAUGCCCUUGCCUGGCUGACCCUGUGUGCAAGUUUAAAAUUAUGGAAGAACAUGAUGAUGUUUUUCCACUGAUAAAAUACUGUGUGGUGGAUGGGCUUUGUAUAUUAUAUCCGCUAUCCAUUUCUGAGAGAGAUGAACUUGAUCUCUCUAUCGUGAUUUGCUGUAGUCUCUGCUGUUUCAGUGAUGAUCUUCCUGUAACAUCCUGUUAUCUGACGUACAGUAGAAGCACUUUGGGGGGAGGCUAACCGUUUCCUCACUUGUUAGAAUAAGAACAUACUGCAGCAAAGAAAAUGUCAUACAUUAAAUGAAUUUGUUUGGUAACGUAAA